AUGGAAUACAAGUACAAUGUGACGUUGCUGCUGUUGCAGGUGGUGCUGCACCGGCAGCAAGAGCUGGCGCACCAGGACAAGACGUUGAGCCAGAUAAGCCUUCUGCGCGAGCCGGUGGUGGACACAGCGGUGCUGGAGCGGUUCAGCGCACACCGUGUGGUGCGGCUGUACGCGCCCGAGCUGUGCGGGCUGCGGUUGGAGGAGCUACAGGCGGUGGUGCGCGAGGUGUUCGCGCGCGGGCUAGCGGGCAGCGCGGAGGACACGCCGGUGACGCUGAUCACGCUGGCGAACCACUACUACCGGCUGCGCGUGCAGGAGCUCGAGCUGCAGGAGCUGCCGAAGCUGAAGGAGCUGAUGGAGAGCGCGGCGGGGCUGCGCACGUGA